AAUGAACUAAAAAAGGCAAGGGGUUUCCCUUCUUAAAGUAAAAGCCACUAUAAAUUCAAAUUUUAAUAUUUAACACGGUAUUUAUUGAUCGUGGCAACGCUGCAAUCGGAAUACUGUAACUAGAAAAAAUGCUUAUAAACCUGUUUAAUUUUUGACAACUGACAACUGACUUUGACUUUUUGUGUUGUAUUUGUUUUGGUCCAUUUAAUUGAAUUUAAUUUAGCUAAAAUCGGUGUUUGUGCUGUUUUGUGUUCGGUAUUUGUAGAAAUUGAUUAGAAUAUUUUAUUAAAAGCAAUAAAUUAAUACCUUUUUCUUAACAUGGCUCUGAGAACCUACGGAGAUAAGCCAAUAAGUUUCCAACUGGAAGAAAAUGGGGAAUACUAUUGUGUUGGAUCCGAGGUUGGAAACUAUCUGCGACUAUUCAGAGGAUCUCUAUAUAAAAAGUACCCUGGAAUGUUUAGAAGAUCUAUAACUAAUGAAGAAAGAAGAAGAUUAAUCGAACUUGGUUUGAGCCAGCACGUAUUGGCCAGCAGUGUAUCUCUACUUAGAGCUGGUGAAGUUGAAGAUAUCAUUGAUGGAAAUGAUGAUAAAUACAAAGCGGUAUCUGUGCACACUUCAGAACCUCCGAUGCCAAGAGAGAGCAAAUCGAAGAAGAACAUGCAAUGGGUACCGUCUCUACCCAACUCCAGUCAUCUGGAUGCCGUUCCUCAAGCCACGCCUAUCAACAGAAACAGAGUGGCCGCCAAAAAGGUUAGAACGUUUCCUCUAUGUUUGGACGAUACGGAUCCACAAUUGAACAUCGAAAACGCGUGCCAAGCAGAGGUAUUGGUACCUAUAAGGCUCGAUAUGGAAAUCGAGGGACAGAAACUCAGAGAUACUUUCACUUGGAACAAAAAUGAGAGUUUGAUUACACCUGAACAAUUCGCUGAAGUACUUUGCGAUGAUCUCGAUUUAAAUCCAUUGACGUUCGUGCCGGCUAUCGCCCAAGCGAUCAGACAACAACUCGAGGCUUUUCCCGCCGAUCCGCCGAGCAUUAUCGAAGAGUCUAGCGAUCAAAGGGUGAUCGUUAAAUUGAAUAUACACGUCGGUAAUACGUCGCUUGUCGAUCAGGUCGAAUGGGAUAUGAGCGAGAAGCAGAACAAUCCCGAGGAUUUCGCGCUCAAACUUUGCGCCGAAUUGGGUUUGGGCGGUGAGUUCGUGACUGCCAUCGCUUAUUCUAUAAGGGGGCAAUUGUCGUGGCAUCAGAGGACUUACGCGUUCAGCGAAGCGCCGCUUCCUAUGGUCGAGGUGCCGUUCAGGAAUCCGAGCGAAUCGGACCAAUGGGCGCCGUUUUUGGAGACCUUAACCGACGCCGAAAUGGAGAAAAAAAUCAGAGAUCAGGACAGGAAUACGCGCAGAAUCAGACGAUUGGCGAAUACUACGCCGGGUUGGUAGAAAAAGUAGAUCUUUUUUGUUUUUUCGGUAAACAUAUUUUUAUUAAAUUGGUUUUAAUCGAUGUUAACUCCGUAUUACUGAACGUAGCUUAGGAUCUAAUAACUUCGAAAUGAAGUUUUUAUAUAUAUAGCUUUUCGUAUUAUUUCUGCAUUAAAUGUUUUAAGGAUUAAGGAUA